UUUUGGACGGACUAGAAGAUACUUCGUUUUCGGUCUUGAUAAAUAUUUCCCGAAUAAAUCGAAAUACGGGGUCUAUUGAAUUUAACUUGCGGGGAAGAAACCACAAUCUCGACUUUCGACCUUGGGCUUCUACCUACCUAUUCUGGUAAUUUACAAAGCUGCUGUCUCGAUUAAGAAACGACGUCUAUCUAUAUCUUCAUCCGAGCAGCUGUCCUCUACCAGCACUUUACUGUGCUGCCACUUUUUAAAAACCCAAACCUCUACCUCUUCUAAACCACAUAACCAUCGUCAUGCACGGGAAAAGAUCGGGGUCAGCGGCCCUCCUGGCCAUCCUUUCACCUCUGCUUCUAUCGUUCCCGGGAUCGUGUCUCGCUGCCAAACCUGCGAAAGGAGGUUUAGCUACGUACAUUGUCAACUCAGCCGAGCAGUUCUCUGCCCGAUCGUUGUGCGGUUACAGAGAAUCUCUCAUAUCCUGCUUUAGCAACGCUCCGGAAUACGCCGAUGUCGAGUACCUAGAAGAAUGCUUCACCAACGCCGGCUGCAACAAGCAGGAGUCUAAGUCUAGCGCCCGUGAAAUCGCCGAGUCUUACUACAAGGGCUUGUCGGCUCCUGAACUUCGUAGACGGAGGCCCGAUCCUACACCAGCCCCUACCCCAGCGCCAGAUGAAGCCGUCACCACGUCGACGAACGCCGUAGUCGGCUUCCAGCCUUCGAUCGAAUGCAGCUCGGUGACGGUGGUGCCGACGUCAGUGUGCCCGAUCCAAUCGACAGGCACAGCAUCGGGCAAGACGCUGCCGUGCUUCGACACGCAAGCAACGGCGACGGUGUGCAAGGCGGAGAACCUGUGCUCGACGGACAAGGACGGGAACCACCUGUGCAUGCUGCGCAAGGACUCGUUGGACACGGGGGAGAUCGUGAUGACGAUCAUCCUGGCGACGGUGUUCGGCCUCGGCUUCGCCACCCUCCUGUUCUUCUGCGUCCGCGACAAGGCCGACCAGCGCAAGCGCCGCGCCCGCGCCGAGGCCGCGGCUAUCGCCAAGACCGCCGCCGUGAACAAGACCCCGAACCCGUUCGCCAGCAGCGCUGCUGUCGACGAGCAUUCUGCUAUCCUGCCGAAGCGCGAGCCGAGCGCUGCUUCGGGCGGUCACAAUCCCUUCGUCGAUGCUCCCUACGAUGCCCCGCCGGCUCAGAAUCAGGCCCACUACUAAGGGGUGCCUAAGGUUGCGUUGGUAUCUUGGAAACGAGUGAGUGUGAGUGGGAUGAAUAAUCCCUAGGAGUCGAACCUGCAGCACAGUCUGGGAUAUAUGUAGCU